UAGAGACUUUUCUUUCACACGUCUUUCACGUGGCUUCCACGGAGCCGAAGUGUUUUUGAAUACUUAGAAGAAGGUUAAGUUUGCAUCAUGUAUUGAUUAUUGUCUGAAUAUUAUUUCUUUCGAGGCACAGAUAUUUAUUCCAGUGUAAUUUAUAAACGAAAAAUGGCGACCAAGAAGACUAAAGCGGCAACAAAAGGAGCAAAACAGAUUGUAGAGGAAAAUAAGACAACACUUAGCUUUUAUCGUAAUAUGAUUGUUGGUGCAUUAGGAAUAUAUUUCACUGUUACAAUGUUAUUCUCUAAUAUCACAACAUUAUCAAUAACUUUAUCCAUAUUUUUUGGAAUUAUAUAUAUAGGUAGUUACCAAUUUAUGAAAUACAUAGCACAAGCAUCUUAUUCAGAAUCAGGACAACUGUUGGAUUCUGGAAUUGAUCUUAACAUGGAAGGAGGUAUAGCAGAUCACGUGAAGGAUCUAAUCAUAUUAACAUCAGGAGUACAUGUACUUUCUCUUAUAUCAAAUUAUUUUUGGCUGUUGUGGCUCCUUGCACCACUGAGGGGUGGUCAUAUAAUAUGGAAACAAAUAUUAGCUCCGUGGUUCUUUGCUCCUGCUCCUGAACAACCUGAGAUGAGCGAGAAGAAACAACGGAAAUUGGAAAAAAGGAUGGCUAGAAGACAUUAAUAUUUCGCUUUAGAAAUACAGAUACAUUUUUAAUAAAUAUUUAUGGAUUUCACGGGAGCGGGUUAGACUUGAGCAAGAUUGCGAAACGAGACUGCCUCUGUUUCAGCCGGCGUUGUUUCAUACAAAUUUUUCAUGCUUAAGAAAAAGUCUAUUGCCUUUAUACAAACUUUUAUAUAACUUACAAAAUCAAUUUCUUAGAAAUUGAAUAUUUAUGAAUGCUAUCACAUUCAUUUCGGCAACGGUCUUAGUC